AUGGAAAUUAAAACUUUGAAGGGAGCGGCUCCUCGCAACGAGGGUUGUUCUUUAUCUGGUGAAGUCACCGAAGUUGAACGAGACGAAGCUGCGAGAGACGCCAUUGACGACGAACGCUGGCUAACUGAAGAGAAAUUGAAGCUCAAAGCAAAUCUGAACAAGAAGAGGACCUGCUGUCGUUAGAUACCAGAGUCACGAAUGAUUCAAUCGCAGCAAACCACUUCAACGCCAGAUCUUCUAACCAGUAUCGCCCAAGAUUUAGCAAUCGAAGAGAAAACUGGUCAAGCGAUAAAUGCUGAAUUAGCGGUCAUUCUUUCUAGCUUAUUGAAGGAACGGCUUGCCGACGAUAAGCUUCAAGAAAAACUCAAAAAGUAUCCUCGGCCAGCAAAUGUUUUGUGUUUCAAAACCCCACGGGUAAAUCCGUUAAUUUGGGGUCAAAUAUCAGCUCCGGCUCCGGCAAGCGAUGCUAAGUGCCAGAAAAUUCAACAUGUGUUAAUUGCCGCU